AUGGACCUCGCCGAGGAGUCGUCGCCCGCGCUGCGCGUGCUGUUCGCCGCGGGGGGCACCGGCGGUCACGUCUUCCCAGCCAUCGCCAUCGCCGACGCGCUCAGGCGCAUGUCCGACGAGGGCUCCCUCCCGGCCGCCGCCACCGCCCGCAUCGACUUCGCGGGAACCGAUCACCACCAGGAGGCGACGCACGUCCCCGCGGCGGGAUACGCGCUCCACCGCGUCCCCGCCAUCGCGCUCGCGCGACCGCUGCUCUCGUGGAGAAACGUCCUCGUGCCCUUCAAGCUCGCCUACGCGGUCGCGCGGUCGAUCGUGCUCAUCACCGAACUCGCCCCGGACGUCGUCGUUGGCACCGGCGGCUACGUCUCCCUCCCGACGUGCCUCGCCGCGAAGCUCUGCGGGGUACCGCUGGUCAUUCAGGAACAGAACGCCUAUCCGGGGGUGGCGAACAGGAUCCUCGCCAAGGCGGCGUCGCUCGUGUGCGUCGCAUUCGCGAAAGCCGCGGAGGCGUUCCGAAUGGAGCCGCUCGGCACCCACGACGGCACCCUCGGCACCCUCAGCACCCCGGCCCGCGGCGGCGCGUGCGUGACGCCUUCAAUCCGGGACACCGACAGGGUGCUCGUGGUGUUCGGCGGGAGCAUGGGGUGCGAAACUCUGAACGACGCGAUGUCCGACGCGGUGGGGGGGAUGUUGGAGAGGGACCCGCGCUUGUGGGUCGUGUGGCAGACGGGCCGGGGCGGGUACGAGCGCGUGCGUUCGAAAACGCCGAGCCACCCGCGGCUGGCGGUGCGUUCGUUCAUAAACGACGUGGAGAAUUGCUACGCCGCCGCGGACCUGUGCGUGGCGCGCGCGGGGGCGGUGACGUGCUCCGAGUUACUCGCGUCGGGGCUGCCCUCGGUGCUCAUACCGUCGCCCGUCGUGACGGAGGACCACCAGAGCUUCAACGCGAAAGAGAUGGCGGAUUUGGGCGCGGCGGUUGAGAUUCGCGAUUGCGACUUGGCGCAAAAGGAUCCAAAAAAGUCGAUCAAACCCGGGGAACCCGCGCCGAGGCGCACGGUGCGGCUGGAUUACGUCAUCGGCGAGCUGCUGUACGAUCCGGAGGUGCUGGCGGGGAUGAGGGAGGCGUGUCUGGAGGCGGCGGCGCCGGAGGCGGCGGAGGCUAUCGCCAACGACGUCGUGUCGGUGGCGCUGGCGGCGAGGCGCCGGCGGGCGGGAGGGCGCGUCGCCAGUCUCGGUCGCUGA